UUUUAACAAUAAAUUGCCAUUCUUAGUUCUCCCAUUUAAAAGUCGCUUCUUAUAUCUCGUGCAGCAUGUCCCUCCUAAAAAUCUGAUCCUUUUCGAUAAGCACAAGAUAUUUUACCCCUUUCACUUCCCUCAGCAACCAUUCUCUGCUGUCUUAGCCCCGCGAGAAAACACGCAGCUCAAACACUUUCUCUCCAGGAUUUCCAAAUUUUCCUCUAUUUAGUUCUUUUCCGUGGAUUAACACCGCACCUGUAUAUGUUAAACCUAUCUUAAGUCUACAUAGUCUAAGUGUCGUUUAAAGAUGUCUGCUCUGAGUGCAAUUUCACAGUGGCCUCAAAAGCUCUUCUGGUGCCAACCAACCCCAAGAAAACGCUAUAUAUUAUCCUGUUGUAUGUCUAUCCCUUCAGUUAAAAAAGGUUCACAUGCGACCAUAGUACCUAGUCCACAACUGUCUAGAAGAACAGAAGGAGCUGGAAAGAGUAUGGAAGAUUCAGUUAAACGCAAAAUGGAGCAAUUUUAUGAAGGCCCUGAUGGACCACCAUUGCGUAUACUGCCAAUUGGUGGUUUAGGAGAAAUAGGGAUGAAUUGCAUGCUAGUAGGGAAUUAUGACCGAUACAUUUUGAUCGAUGCUGGUGUCAUGUUUCCAGAUCAAGAUGAACUUGGUGUCCAGAAGAUUAUACCUGAUACCACUUUUAUCAAGAAAUGGAGCCACAAAAUCGAAGCUGUUAUUAUCACUCAUGGGCAUGAAGACCACAUUGGUGCGUUGCCUUGGGUCAUCCCGGCCUUGGAUUCACAGACACCAAUAUAUGCUUCAUCAUUUACAAUGGAGCUUAUUAAGAAGCGCCUGAAGGAGUUUGGUAUCUUUGUACCAUCUCGACUAAAGGUAUUUAAAACAAGGAGGAGGUUUGUUGCCGGUCCUUUUGAAGUUGAACCGAUUAGGGUUACACAUUCUAUUCCAGAUUGUUCUGGGUUGGUUUUCCGGUGUGCUGACGGUACUAUUCUUCACACAGGAGACUGGAAGAUAGAUGAGUCACCCUUGGAUGGGAAUGUUUUUGAUCGUGAGGCUCUUGAAGAACUUUCAAAAGAAGGAGUGACUUUGGUGAGGAGUAUGAUGAGUGACUCAACAAAUGUACUUUCCCCUGGAAGGACAUUGAGUGAGACAGUCGUGGCAGAUUCAUUAUUAAGACAUAUUUCAGCUGCCAAAGGAAGGGUUAUCACUACCCAGUUUGCUUCAAAUAUACAUCGACUUGGUAGUGUAAAAGCUGCAGCAGAUCUGACUGGAAGGAAGUUGGUAUUUGUUGGGUUGUCCUUGAGAACUUACCUUGAUGCAGCAUGGAAAGAUGGAAAGGCACCUAUUGACCCUUCAACUCUGGUGAAAGUGGAAGAUAUUGAUGCUUAUGCCCCCCAAGACUUGCUAAUUGUCACCACUGGUUCUCAAGCUGAACCACGUGCUGCACUAAAUCUUGCGUCCUAUGGAAGUAGUUAUUCUCUCAAGCUGAACAAAGAAGAUCUUAUUUUAUAUUCUGCUAAGGUAAUUCCAGGUAAUGAGAAGAGAGUCAUGAAGAUGCUUAAUCGUGUAUCAGAAAUUGGAUCAACUGUAGUUAUGGGGAAGAAUGAACUACUGCAUACAUCUGGUCAUGCCCAUCGUGAGGAAUUGGAUGAAGUGCUUAAAAUUGUUAAACCACAACACUUCCUACCUAUUCAUGGGGAACUCCUGUUCUUGAAAGAGCAUGAAUUGUUGGGAAAGUCAACCGGCAUUCGGCAUACUACAGUUAUAAAGAACGGGGAGAUGCUAGGGGUAUCUCAUUUACGAAACAAAAGAGUUCUAUCUAAUGGUUUCAUUGCCCUUGGCAAAGAAAAUUUGCAGUCGAUGUAUAGUGAUGGUGACAAAGCAUUCGGCACGGGAUCUGAACUUCGUAUUGAUGAGAGGAUGAGAAUUGCAUCUGAUGGCAUUAUAGUGGUUUGCAUGGAAAUUAUGCGCCCUCAAGCUGCAGAUGGUUCAGUUGACGAGGCUUUGAAAGGAAAAAUAAGAAUUACCACAAGGUGCUUAUGGCUUGAUAAAGGAAAACUUCUGGAUGCACUUCAUAAGGCUGCCCAUGCUGCAUUGUCAAGCUGCCCAAUAGCCUGCCCUCUGGCUCACAUGGAAAGAACUGUUUCUGAAGUUUUAAGAAAAUUGGUAAGGAAGUAUAGCAGCAAAAGACCAGAAGUCAUAGCUAUUGCUAUCGAGAACCCUGCUGCAGUUCUUGCCGAUGAGAUCAAUGGGAAACUGUCUGGAAAGUCGCAUAUUAAUUCUGGUAUCUUAGCAUUGAGGAGAGCAGUUAAUGGACAUGAAAAAAGAAGACAACCAAUUAAGAUACCAGAGGAAAAUGACUCUGGUCUUGCAGUUACAAAAAGAAUCCCAGAAAAAGAAUUAGAAGAGAGGGGUGUUGAUGUUGAUGUUGAUGAAUCUGAUGGUUUCUGGACGGCAUUUAUAUCCUCGCCAGCUGUCAAUCAACAAGAGGAUAACAAUGAUUUGGUUCGAGAAACAGAAGAUGAUGGAGAGAGGGGCAAAGAAGAUAUGAUUGAACUCAACCACAAUGUUUCAAAAACUCAACUAAAGCCUUCCAGCUCUUCUAAAAGGAAUAAAUGGAAACCUGAAGAGGUGAAGAAGCUGAUUAAAAUGCGUGGGGAACUUCAUAGCAGAUUCCAAGUUAUCAAAGGUCGAAUGGCUCUCUGGGAAGAGAUAUCUUCGAGUUUAUUGUCAGAUGGAAUCAGUAGAAGUGCUGGGCAGUGCAAAUCCCUUUGGGCAUCCUUAGUUCAAAAAUAUGAGGAAAGUAAGGGUGAUAAAAAAGCCCAAAAGAGCUGGCCGUAUUAUGGGGAUUUGGACAUUAUUUUGUCAGAUUUGGAAGCUAAUGUGCCCAAAUGAUUGUACAUGCAACUUUUUCUUGCUGUUGUGGAAAGCAAGGACCAUAUGAUGGCUGCAAAGAUGCAAAAACUCGGAUUGGUUUGGAAAAGCAUUCAAAUGGAAACGAGGGCUCGGUUGACCGGUGAUGCUCAACUUGAUACAUAUGGUUCGGUUCAUUUGCUAGCUCACAUAUAAUGUAAGCUCAUAAAUUAUUCAGAAAAUGCAGCCUGUGGAAAUAAAGAUGUGUAAUGAUUAAAUUUUUGUAGCCUAUUGAAUUUGAUACUUGUUAAUUGAACAAUUAGUUUUGGCCUAAUGCUAUUGAUGGUUAUCUACACUCUAAUGAUAUUUGAUCGAUUAAAGUAUUGGUUUUAGAGUUCAUAGUAUUGGAACAUUGGUGUGUUGGAGAGUGAAGUUUGAGUUUCUCUGAGUUGCAAAUUCCAAAAGGACUCAGGAGCCUUGGGACCAAAACCAAAGGUCUAAAUCCAUUGGAGAAUUGGGGAUUGAAUUACUAACUCUAUUUUCCGUUUUCAUCAACUAUUCAUAAAAUUUGAACUAUGUU